CAGCAGGAGGGGUGAGGUGGCCAGCCGCUGAUCCACCGGUAUCAUGGCUUCCUAACAGGAGGGGGAACCGAUUGAGAGGAAAACAAGGAUUUCUGUUGAAUGCCCGACAGAUCAUUAUCGCCCUUUCCAGAACCUGAGAUUGGGACAGAGGGGCUCGGCCUCCCUUUUAGCCCCCCACGGCCGCCCCUGGGAUCCAGGAUAUACUUUUUAUUUUAUUGGUGAAUUUCCAUUCGUGAACCGUGGAAGAUGGCCGACCCGGCGGAGUGCACCAUCAAAGUGAUGUGCCGUUUUAGGCCCCUGAACAGCUCCGAGGUGACGAGAGGCGACAGAUACAUUCCCAAGUUUCAAGGGGAAGAGACCGUUGUGAUCGCGGGUAAACCAUACAUGUUUGACAGAGUGUUUCAGUCAAAUACAACACAGGAACAAGUGUACAAUGCCUGCGCCCAGAAGAUUGUAAAAGAUGUUCUGGAGGGAUACAAUGGAACAAUUUUUGCAUAUGGACAGACAUCAUCUGGCAAAACACACACCAUGGAGGGGAAUCUCCAUGACACAGAUUCAAUGGGCAUCAUCCCCAGGAUAGUUCAAGACAUUUUCAACUACAUCUAUUCCAUGGAUGAAAACUUGGAGUUUCAUAUCAAAGUUUCAUAUUUUGAAAUCUACUUAGACAAGAUCCGGGACCUUCUGGAUGUGUCAAAGACCAAUUUGUCAGUGCAUGAAGACAAAAACAGAGUACCCUACGUCAAGGGCUGCACUGAGAGGUUUGUCUGCAGCCCAGAGGAGGUCAUGGAUACAAUCGAUGAAGGCAAAUCUAACAGACAUGUAGCAGUUACAAACAUGAACGAGCACAGCUCCAGGAGUCACAGCAUCUUCCUGAUAAACGUCAAACAGGAGAACACUCAGACAGAGCAAAAGCUCAGUGGCAAACUCUACCUGGUGGAUCUGGCUGGAAGUGAAAAGGUCAGUAAAACAGGAGCAGAGGGAGCUGUCCUGGAUGAAGCAAAGAACAUCAACAAGUCUCUGUCGUCCCUGGGAAACGUCAUCUCUGCUCUGGCUGAAGGAACGGCCUACAUCCCAUACCGAGACAGCAAGAUGACCCGUAUCCUGCAGGACUCGCUGGGUGGUAACUGUCGAACCACUAUUGUUAUCUGCUGCUCGCCUUCCUCCUUUAAUGAGGCCGAAACCAAAUCCACUCUCAUGUUCGGACAAAGAGCAAAGACUAUCAAGAACACAGUCACUGUCAAUGUUGAGCUGACAGCAGAGCAGUGGAAGCAGAAGUAUGAGAGGGAGAAGGAGAAGAAUAAGACCUUGAGGAACACCAUCACCUGGUUGGAGAACGAGCUCAACCGCUGGAGGAAUGGUGAGAGCGUGCCAGUGGAGGAGCAGUUUGACAAGGAGAAGGCCAACGCCGAGGUGCAGGCCCUGGACAACGUAAUUAAUGACAAGCCAGCCUCCACGCCCAACGUGCCCGGUGUUCGCCUCACCGACGUGGAGAAGGACAAAUGUGAGGCUGAGCUGGCCAAGCUUUACAAACAGCUGGAUGAUAAGGAUGAGGAGAUCAACCAGCAGAGCCAGCUGGCCGAGAAGCUGAAGCAGCAGAUGCUGGACCAGGAGGAGCUUCUAGCCUCUUCCCGCCGUGAUCAUGAGAAUCUACAGUCAGAGCUGAACCGCCUGCAGGCGGAGAACGAGGCCUCCAAGGAGGAGGUGAAGGAGGUGCUGCAGGCUCUGGAGGAGCUGGCUGUCAACUAUGACCAGAAGAGCCAGGAGGUGGAGGAUAAGACCAAGGAGUUUGAGGCCAUCAGCGAGGAGCUCAGCCAGAAAUCAUCCAUCCUGUCGUCUCUGGACUCUGAGCUCCAGAAGCUGAAGGAGAUGUCCAACCACCAGAAGAAGAGGGUGACUGAGAUGAUGUCAUCACUGCUCAAAGAUUUAGCCGAGAUCGGUAUCGCAGUGGGCAGCAAUGACAUCAAGCAACAUGAGGGUGGCAGCGGCCUGAUAGACGAGGAGUUCACGGUGGCUCGUCUCUACAUUAGUAAGAUGAAGUCAGAGGUGAAGACCAUGGUGAAACGCUGCAAGCAGCUGGAGAGCACUCAGUCAGAGAGCAACAAGAAGAUGGAUGAGAACGAGAAGGAGCUGGCUGCCUGCCAGCUGCGCAUCUCCCAGCAUGAGGCUAAAAUCAAGUCGCUGACUGAGUACCUGCAGAACGUGGAGCAGAAGAAGAGGCAGCUGGAGGAGAACGUGGACUCUCUCAAUGAAGAACUUGUCAAGCUCAGUGCUCAGGAGAAAGUCCAUGCAAUGGAGAAAGAGAAUGAGAUCCAGACUGCCAAUGAAGUCAAGGAAGCAGUGGAAAAGCAGAUCCAUUCCCACCGUGAAGCUCACCAGAAACAGAUCAGCAGCCUGAGAGAUGAGCUGGACAACAAAGAGAAACUCAUCACUGAACUGCAGGAUCUGAACCAGAAGAUCAUGCUGGAGCAAGAGAGGCUCAGAGUGGAGCACGAGAAACUCAAAUCCACCGACCAGGAGAAGAGCCGCAAGCUACAUGAGCUUACGGUGAUGCAGGACAGAAGGGAGCAGGCCAGACAGGACCUGAAGGGUCUGGAAGAGACAGUGGCCAAGGAGCUGCAAACACUGCACAACCUGAGGAAACUCUUUGUCCAGGACCUGGCCACCAGAGUGAAAAAGAGCGCUGAAAUGGACUCAGACGACACAGGUGGGAGUGCUGCACAGAAACAGAAAAUCUCCUUUCUUGAGAACAAUCUUGAGCAGCUCACCAAGGUUCACAAACAGCUGGUGCGUGAUAAUGCAGACCUGCGCUGUGAGCUUCCUAAACUGGAAAAGCGCCUUCGUGCUACGGCUGAGCGGGUCAAGGCCCUGGAAUCUGCUCUGAAGGAGGCGAAGGAGAACGCUGCCCGCGACCGCAAGCGCUACCAACAGGAAGUGGACCGCAUCAAGGAGGCCGUCAGAGCCAAGAAUAUGGCCAGAAGGGGACAUUCAGCCCAGAUCGCCAAACCCAUCCGGCCUGGGCAGCAGCCAGUGGCAUCUCCCACCCACCCCAACAUCAACCGCAGCGGAGGAAGCUUCUACCAGAACAGCCAGACGGUGUCCAUCAGGGGAGGCAGCGGCAAACCAGACAAGAACUGAGGAGCAGCAGGAUAGAAGGACAACACCACAGAAGAAGCCAAUAUGAAACCCCCCUGCCCACCCUGACAACCUGUCAUUCCAUUACAGCGAACAGGCUCCUCGUCGCUGCUUUGGAGCCAAGAAGGAGUUUCUGAAUUAUAAAUAUAUAUAUAUAAAUAUUCCUGGCCUGUACAGCUCCAGCCCCCUCCCUCUCCCCCCCCCCCCCCCCCCCCCCCCCCCCUCACCACCACCUCCACCCACUCUCCCACAUCCCCGACUUUCACCACGACUUAUCUCUUUUUCUCUUACUGGAUAUAAUUAAAAGAAAAAAAAAAAACAACAAAUUUAAUUUACAAAAAGGCAAGAUAAUAUUCUUAUCCACCGAACCAAACGCAGUCUUGAGCGCAGCCUCGGCGAGCGAAACCGUGUGCGACUCAAAUGUGUAGCUUCGGUUUCGAUUUUGUUUUGCACAGUCUGUCGUCAUCGUGCGAGUAGUUCUGCACUGUGCCAAGCUGAAUGUAACGGUAGCAUCCGAAUAAAAAAACAAAAAAAACAAACAUCUUAAACAAAAAAAAAAAAAAGAAAGGAGACCCUACCAAGAGAAAUAGCUUGACCCUAUAGGCUAACCUCUGUACAUUUCACGAUUACUAUUAUUGGUUGUUAACCACACUUUUCUCUGGCUAGAUUUUACAUGCUUCUUUAAGGAAAAAAAACUACAAAAAAACUGUACGGUUUUGAAUUGACUAGGUGGCGUUGAGCACUACUGUUCUGUCCCGUCUUGUUGUACAGAUGUAAAAUUGGCACUACUGCACAAGCCUCCCUGGAGAGAGAGCUGAAUGGAAAUCAGGGAACAGCUGAAGAGAAGGAUUAAAAAAAAUGACAGCCAAGACGUGCGACAGUGUACUGUAGUAUGUAUUUAACUAAAUACCUGUGGAGGCCAAUUGUUUUUAUCAUUAAGUUAAAAUAAAACCUAUACUCGUUAUUGGUGACUUCAUGCGAAGGAUGUAAAGAAUGUAGGAAGGAAGGAAAGAAGGAAAGAGGAGGAUGAUCCGGUUGUCAAAACAAACUUCCACCUUUUUUAGCAUAGCCUAUGCUAAGUAGCUAAAUGUACUGUUUUUACUCCUCUCAGUGGUUGAUAAUGCUGUGUUAAUGGACGCUAUUUAUAUCUCUGCGCAUUGGAGCACAUAGUCUGCAGGCAUAUAGACUGAGAUAGCACACACAAUGCUUGUCCUGUCCUAGCUGGGUCGCUGUCACUCAUCCCCAUUCACUCAGAUAUUCAGGAUCUUUUUGUUUUUUGUUUUUUAGUUGUAAACCUAACCUGUCAGGAACUGUUUGAUCCCUGCCGUAUCACGAUAUCUAUCUAUCAAGGGUGCCUCGCUUCGAUAUAUAUUUUAUUUUUGUCUUCCCUCCCACACCCCUUUUUUUUGUGGUUUCUUCAAAGAUUUUGGACCUGUAACUGUACGUGCCCCUUUGGUUGUAAAUUUGCAGAAAGCAAUGUGUUUUGCUGGGUUUUAUGUACUGUAUCUUUUCAUUGUUCCAUAGAUCACGUAGAUGCAUAUUUAGAGGGGAACGGCGGGCAGGGGGGUAGGGUGUCAGACGAUGGGUCAGACCCUUGCCGCUGAUCAACCAGUCAGGAGAGCAGGGUCUGUAAUUGCACAAAAAUUUUCUGUCAUCAUCUGGAGGAAGGGUUUAUUUAACUAUAUCUAGUGAGGGGUGUAGGAUUUAUUUUGUGUUCUGUUGUCUCUGUUGUAAUUUUUUAGUUUUCUUCAUGAUUUAUUUUCUUUUUAAUUCCCACCGCAGUUUUUUUUUCUUUUGUUUCGUUCUUAACCCUGUGAAGCCCCAGUGCAUUGGCGAAGAUCUUGUUGUGAUUGUAACCCCUGCAUGAGAACACUAACAUCUUGUGCAAGUGCAAUAUACUGUAAAAUACACUGUAUAUCAGUCGACUGGCAGGUGUGAUCAGGGUGUCUAAGCAGCAGUGGUAAUUCUGCCGUACGAAGUCAAAGCCCUGCCCCUCUUCUCUGUUAGCUUCGGUUUCACUAACUUGGUGUAUUGACGGCUUCUUUUGUUGCUGUUUCUGAAGAGCUGAAAUCUUUUUCUGCCAAUAUUCAGAGAUUAAUGGGUAUCUACUGAUGUACUGGGCAGUAAACUCCCUGUAAGAUGUCAAUAUGGUAAAACUUUACUAUUGAGUACAGUAUUAGUUAAGAAUAAACAUAUAUAUUUCACUUUUUAGACAUAAAUUAAAGAAACCUGUUGCAAAAAAAAAGCAUUUUUGGCUGAUACUAGUGAAACAAAUCUAGCUUGAAAAGGGGGAUGGGAGUUUGGCUUUCUCUAGUAGGAUGUCAUACUAAAACCUGUCGUCUUGUAACAGGAAAGUUAGGUUUAAUAGCACUUCUUCACAAUAUCUGCACUCAGAAAAACACUCCAUAUGUGGCUGUUUUUGACUGGAGGAAAAAAGACGUUUCCAAUGUCCUGUAAAUGGAACCGUUUGUUGACAGCAAAUAAUUUAAAUGGUAAAAACUACUUUCUACAGACUGCCGGGAGGAGUAGCUCCCACGCAUCUAUGACAGGACAGUGUUUGGUGUCUAUCGAGAUGGUUUAUUCCCUCUGUGUUAUCUUCUAGAUUAGUUAAGCCUUUGCAGCAUGGACCUCAAAAUGUUUAUCCUUUGACCUUCCACCAAAACUUGAUUUGAAAUGGGGAAAAACGGUUAAAUACAAACGGCAAAGAAUAUUUGUGGUGUUUUCCUAAAUUGAAAUGAGUUUUGCAUUAAUUCUAAAUUUGAAAAAACAAAAGUGAAUCCACUUUUUUUUUAUUACUGUGUAAUAGUUGGUCAGUUUUUAAAGGACAGUUUUGAGGAUCCAUCAGUGGACAAGGUACUGGAUCAUUCCUGGAGAACUGGGGCACAAAUAGCAGGGCUCUGAUAUGGACAGAGAUGGGAAGUUAAUGAGAUCACAGUUUUGGAUUGACUGCAUGAUGUAAAUGUAUGUGUGAUUAAAUAAUUAUGACAAAACUCUUCUA